AUGUUCCAAACUCGCUCUCUCACCCCCAACCCGACCUCCUCACGGUGUGCACAGGCAAAGCAAGAGACAAUACAGGACUUCGUUGUGCCUGCCCUGGCUGCCCCUGCCACGAACUGCUGCGUGUAGCCAAUCUCAAACAGGAGAGCUCAAAACCAAAUGCCUUCCUGAUGAGAGAAGACAGCCCUCUCCUUUAGUCUCGUUCCUGGUGUCGAUCGUCGACGGGCGGGUUAUGUUGCCAAUCUCUCGU